AUGCGCUCUUCGACAGUCACGUACGUAUACCGCUGUGGCUGCACCGACACGAUUGUCUUCGACUUCGGCGUGAGUAGCUUUCUCAACGUCAACUCUCCCAUGCCCCGCGAGACUAUCACAACUGUACUCGACGAGCUCUGUUUCGACUGUGACUCCAUCCCAACUUUUGAGGCUACACCACCAUCUCCAUCGCCGCCACGGCCUCCUGCUCCACAGCCAGAAGCUUCCCCUGGGUCCUCGCCGAAGAGACCUGCAUUGCGUGAACUCCCUCUUAAUGCCGUGCCGACACUCUGA